CUGUCAAAUCUCAUUUAUUGUCAUUAGUCGAAACUGUUAACACCUUGUCGGAUCGAAGAGAAAACAAAAUCUUAUGAUCUUACUGAUUGCAAACUAAAAAUAUCGGUGAUAUGGCCCGAGAUCCUUGUCCUGUUUGCCGCGGACGCAUGAGAAGCAGGGUGUGCACACCCUGCAAGCACCAAUUUUGCAAGCGUUGCCUCUGCAAUGUCUAUCGUAUGUGCCCCUCUAACACCUGUCCAAUGUGCCGGGAUCCCUUCGAGUACUACGUGCGCAAGAUAAACAACGGCAUUAGGAUCGUAUUCUUCAUUUAGAAGACAAAAGAUGACCGUCGUUGUUGUGCUCGAUACCAAGGCUGGCUGCUCACACCAAACACAUCAAAUUUGUUUGUUUUAAUGCAGAGUUAUUGUUUCAGUUAACAGUACAAAAUUCAAAUAUCAAGUUGUUUUAAAUAAAUCGUUUAAAUUGUGUUAA